GGGCCCCCGCUGGUUCUCGCGAGAUCCGGGCAACAGAGCGCUCGGGGCCUUUUCAAAUCGGGAUCCGUUACCGCUUCCCCGGCCGCCGCCAUUGUCACGCUCGGAGCCUCUGUACGCAGGCGGCCGAAGCGGAGGCAGUGGCGGCGGGAUGGCGGAUGCCGACAAGUCCGAGGUGUCCGGGGCCCCUGGCGACGACAGCCCGCUUCUACAGCCCGCAGAGCCGCCAGGAGAGCCGCGGGGAGAACCGCGGAGAGAAACGCACCCGCCAGAGAACGAGAAACAUCCUCCUCCGCACAGCAGCAGCUCCAAUGGCGUUAAAAUGGAGAAUGAUGAAUCGGUAAAAGAGGAGAAAUCUGAAUUAAAAGAAAAAUCAGCAGGAAAUAAGAAGGCCCAUAGAUUUCAUCCUUAUUCAAAAGACAAGAAUUCGGGCUCUGGGGAAAAGAAGGGUCCAAAUCGAAACAGAGUUUUCAUUAGCAACAUCCCGUAUGACAUGAAAUGGCAAGCUAUUAAAGAUUUAAUGAGAGAAAAAGUUGGUGAGGUUACAUACGUGGAGCUCUUUAAGGAUGCGGAAGGAAAAUCAAGGGGUUGUGGUGUGGUCGAAUUUAAAGAUGAAGAAUUUGUAAAGAAAGCACUAGAAACCAUGAACAAAUAUGAUCUGAGUGGAAGGCCCCUGAAUAUUAAAGAGGAUCCUGAUGGAGAAAAUGCUCGUAGGGCAUUGCAACGGACAGGAGGAUCAUUUCCAGGAGGACAUGUACCACCUGAUAUGGGAUCGGGGCUGAUGAAUUUACCACCUUCCAUUCUCAAUAAUCCAAACAUUCCUCCUGAGGUUAUCAGUAAUUUGCAGGCUGGUAGACUUGGUUCCACAAUUUUUGUUGCUAAUCUUGAUUUUAAAGUUGGUUGGAAGAAGCUAAAGGAAGUGUUCAGCAUAGCUGGAACUGUAAAGCGGGCAGAUAUUAAAGAAGACAAAGAUGGCAAGAGCAGAGGAAUGGGCACUGUCACUUUUGAACAAGCAAUUGAAGCAGUUCAAGCAAUUUCUAUGUUCAAUGGGCAGUUUUUGUUUGAUAGACCUAUGCAUGUGAAAAUGGAUGACAAGUCUGUCCCUCAUGAAGACUACCGUUCACAUGACAGUAAAACUCCACAAUUACCACGUGGUCUUGGAGGCAUUGGAAUGGGACUCGGUCCAGGUGGACAGCCUAUCAGUGCCAGCCAGUUGAACAUAGGUGGUGUAAUGGGAAAUUUAGGUCCAAGUGGUAUGGGAAUGGAUGGUCCAGGUUUUGGAGGAAUGAAUAGAAUUGGAGGAGGCAUUGGGUUUGGUGGUCUGGAAGCAAUUAAUAGCAUGGGAGGAUUUGGAGGAGUUGGUCGAAUGGGAGAGCUAUACCGUGGUGCGAUGACUAGUAGCAUGGAGAGAGAUUUUGGACGUGGUGAUAUUGGAAUAAAUCGAGGCUUUGGCGAUUCCUUUGGUAGACUUGGUGGUGGAAUGGGUGGCAUGAACAGUGUGACUGGAGGAAUGGGGAUGGGACUGGAUCGGAUGAGUUCCAGCUUUGAUAGAAUGGGACCAGGUAUAGGAGCUAUACUGGAAAGGAGCAUCGAUAUGGAUCGAGGAUUUUUAUCAGGUCCGAUGGGAAGCGGAAUGAGAGACAGAAUAGGCUCCAAAGGCAACCAGAUAUUUGUCAGAAAUCUGCCUUUUGACUUGACUUGGCAGAAACUAAAAGAGAAAUUCAGUCAGUGUGGUCAUGUAAUGUUUGCAGAAAUAAAAAUGGAGAAUGGAAAGUCAAAAGGCUGUGGAACGGUCAGAUUUGACUCCCCAGAAUCAGCUGAAAAAGCCUGCAGAAUAAUGAAUGGCAUAAAAAUCAGUGGCAGAGAAAUCGAUGUUCGCUUGGAUCGUAAUGCAUAAUUUCAAACCACGGUUGGAACAUUCCUGUAUCUGUUUCACUGAAUCUCCUAGUAAAAGUCAUUUUAAAAGUAACACUGUAUGCUUUAAAAAGCUGUAAAUAUGAACUUUUAAAACUUCCACCAGCUUUUAACAGUAUAGUGUUAAAUAUACUGUGAUUUUUGUUAAUCUCAAGUUUGGGUUUUUAAAGACAGCAAGUCUGGUCAUUCAGUUUAAAUGAAUGGUUAUACUGUUUUUUAAUAAAAUAAGCCAUUUUCAUGUUAUUUUCAGUACUACAUAGUGGGAUUUGUUCAGGUUUCUCUAGCUUUUAUCAACUUAUUUAUUGUUAGGUAAAGCAUAGAUUUUUUUUAAACUUCUGUUUUCUCUGUGUAAUUGUUCUUGAUAAGAAAGGACUCAAGACAAAUUAAAAUGUGAUUUUGGUUGAUUUUUAAAUUAGUUUUAUUUGAUGGUAAAAAAUUACUCUGAGUAAGUUUUAGAGUCUAAAGUUCAGGAUUUUUUUGACUUAAAUGAAGAAAUGGAGUACUCCUUCUCUGCCCCUUUCUGUCAUUCACAUUUCCACCUAUCACUAUUAACAUUAACCUCCACAGCCACUUAUUUUGUUAUCUCCAACAAUUCCAAGUUCAUAUAGAACUGAUAACGUAGCAAGCCCCAAGUAUAAUAAUAGGCAGGCUAGGCCCAACUUUUUGUCUAGUUUCCAGCCAUUGAAGUGAACUGAUAAAAAAAGAAAAAUAAUUGAAACGUUGAGAGAGAUGGUUAUGUAAAUUAGUCCUCUGCUGUUCACUUCUACAGGAGCUGAUGUAUUUAUAAAGGCAGUUUUAAUCAACCAUGGAACACCUAGGCACAGCAUGUCAAACACGUUCGACCCCACGAUGUUAGACAUAGCCAUAUCUCCUUUGCCUGCAAAAAAAACCCAUGUGGUUAAAAUGUGCAUACCAAUACUGUAUUUUAUUAAUAAGCUUAAAAGACACUGGAUACUGUUUUUGUUUGUUGGGUUUGGAAGAUUGUAUUAGAGCAAAAAUCUUACUGAAUUUGUAUUUUGUAAUUUUGUGAGUUUAGUAUUUAAAGUAUUAACAUUUAUUUAUCUAAUAGUUAUUUCUAUUAAACCAUUUUUCAAUAAGUUAUAGAUCACUUCUUUUCAUUCUGAUUUAACCUGUUUAAUUACAAUUUAAUGCUCAUUCCAAAUGAAUUUUAUUUGGGGAAUUAGAUAUAAUGAAAUUAAUCUGUUAUUAAACAGUAAAUCCUUCCUCUUGAGUUAUUUUUUUUAAAGUAUGUUACUGAGGAAAUAAAUAUUUUUAAAGGUAACUUUGCUUAGUAUUCAGCCAGGCCUGAAGAAUGGGCAGUGCAGCUUGAGGGAUCUGAUUCUUACCUUUUCUUGCGACCAACACACUUGCAAUUGUGUCUGGUAUGCUCGUUCCUGCUGCUAAUAAAGUAAGGCCCAUUAUUGUAUCUGGAAUUUCCAGUGUUUCCCCUGUAAAAAACAGAUAUUAUGAGUUACAGAUCUCACAGGUUCACUGACCAUUCUCUGCAGAUAUUUCAGGUAUUUCCUUUGUAAAUGAA